AUGGGAAAGUCUUCGAAACAAUCGAAAAAGGCGGGUUCUGCGAAAGCUGCCAAUGCAAAGACUGGCGAUCAAGUCAAAUCAUCAUCUACCAAACAACAAAGCAAUGCGCCAGUUUCCAACGAUAUUGCGGCAGAGCAUCUUCCGCCGAUCGGUCUCGUAUUCACUGUGAUUGCAUGUUCGGGGUUCCUCUUUGUUUUCUUCUUUCGAGAUGUAUUUGCAACUGGAAGAGUCAUUGGAGGAGCAUCUGAUCAAGCGCUGCUGAGUUUCACAAAAUCAUUAGAGUUUUUUGACGAUUCUAAAGGAUGGUCAUCGACACAGGGUGGCCUAAGUGCCAUCAAACCAAUCACCACAGAUGCCAACAAUAUGGGCAGUUUCUAUGUUCGAAAGAUGGCUGGUGCUGCUGGAAUGACGUUGCAGAUUCAAAAGAUGAUGCCCCUAUUGAUCCAUCCUAGGAAUGCGAGAUGGAAUAUGGGUCACUUUAUUCCGCUGCUCUGGACUGCCUCUGUGACCAACCUUUUGUUGGCUGCUUUUUAUGGUUCCUGUAUUUUUGAUUUGAUGACAGCAGACGCUGCAUUCUUACCAACAAUAUUCAUUGGUAUUCUUAUGAUUGAAGCUACGGUAAUGCUGUUUUACAUAAUGACAUUUGGACAGGCGAAAAGAGGACCCGCUAUUGCUCUCAAACAGGGGAAAACACCAACAUCAGUUGUCUCUCGUAUUGUUGCACGAACAGUAUUUUUGGUAUCUGGAGCCCAGAUGCUUUUUGCUGCACGCGACUUGUUUUAUCCUGGGCUGAUCAUGAGUUAUGUUCCUGGCGAUGACGUCUUUCUGGAAUGGGUGGGCGCCUUGAUUCACUCACCGCCAGAAGGGUCACCCGAAGAGGAAGAGUACGGAAUGGCAGCAACGUUGCAUGUUGGUGACAAGUUUGCAUCUCAGCUCCUGGCGGCAAACAUGCUGCUUCUUUGUAUGUACAAGUUCGUUUCGGCUUUUUUGAUUAGAUACGGUAGUGAUGGAGGGGGGCUGGUAAAGGCUCAAAUGAUUUGGAAGAGUCAAGCAAUUGGUGGAGCCACGAAUCUCCUUCUGGUGCGACUCUUCACUUCGGCUGCAACCUCUGCCAGUGUCGACAUCCGUUGGCACGUAAUGGCCAUUGCAUACGAAACCUUUAUCUUGGGUUUGCAUGGAUUCUUUUUCUGA